UUCUCUGGUAAAUUAUCUAUGACUGUGGAAUCAGAUGCUCAGACCACAGAUAAAAUUUAUUAAGUUUCGAAUCGAAUCAAAUCAGGUCGUAAAUAUUGUCGACCUUUUUGUUAUCGCUAAAAAUCACAAUUUAAAAAUAUCUGAGAUUUUGUAAAAAAAAAUAAAAGAAAAAUAUGAUCAAAAAUCUUCUGCACGCCACUCCCUGUCCAGAUUUUUUCGUUCUUCCUCCCGUCCUCGUUCUCAUCUGCGCGCGGGGCAAAGAAAAAUCAGCCGCCGCUCUGCUUCAGCAGAAUCUCGCCGCCGAAGCGCUCCUAUCCUUAUCCCCUGCGCGCCGUCGUUAUCCCGUCGGCCGCCGCUGUUCUCGCCUUCAUCUGCUCGGUCGCGCGCUCUCCCUGGUACUUUCCUGGCGCGCGCUUCUCUAGCUCGUGGAGCUCCUCCUCUGCCGAGCGAUUUUCCACUGCGGGCGCAGCUCCAGCUCGUCCCCAUGGCGGUCGCCGUCGAGCUCCCUCGCGGCGACUUUCCCCUGCCAGCUCUUUGCCCAUUCCUGGUCGCGUCUCCCUCCUCUGCUCGCGUCCCGCCAUGGCCGCUGUCCGGCCGAGCCCUGCCCCAGCCGGAUCUCGCCUCUCCCUACAGUUCGCUCUCUCCCCCCUCCAUCUCUCUCCAGUCGUGCGCCCCUCCGCUCUGCGUGGAGUUUCCCCGUCGUGCCCCUGCUCAUCUUCCCUUGGCCGCGGGCCCUUGCCAUGCUCGCCGAGCUCCCUCUGGUCUUCUCUGCUCGCCGAGAUUCUCCCUGGUGCCGCGUCGUGCCCUCCCCUCGGUUUUCAACGUUGAACGCCGCCAUCUUUCUGGUGUUCUGCGCUGGCCGCAGAUCGAAGCUUUGCUGUGCGCCCAGUCGAGCGAUCCCCUGCGCGCGCGUUCCCUGCACUUGCCCCAGCCGCGCUCUGGCCGUCCCAGCUCCACUCGGCGCCCCCUCGGCUCGCCCCCAUGGUGCUGGUCGUGUCCCUCGGCGCCGGUCGCUUCUUCUUGCUAUUCCAUGCCGCGGCAAUCGCCCUGCUGCUCCAGUGCGCCCAGCCGAGCGAUUCUCUGUUCCGUGCGCGCGGUAUUUCUCGAGCAUGCCGCGCCCAGUCCCUGCUCCUUGUUUUUCUCUGCGACGUGGAGUCUCCUCGCCGCGCGGAUCUCUCUCCUUCCUACCAUGUUCGGAUUGUGCCGCGCUUCCUGUCGCGUUCGGCCUGCUCCGGAUCCGAAGUUGGUCGCCUCGGUGCGAAAUCGCCGUCACGUCCGGGGUUUUGACAUGUCUCCCUGCUCGCCGUCAAACUUGGGUUCCCUGCUCAGCCUUUAGCGCUAGCGCGUCGCCGUGAUGUUACCGUCUCGCCGUGAUUCCCUGAUGGUUCGUGUCUCUGCAUGUUCAAAUCGUCGUUCCGCGCGUCAGCAAGAAAUUCCAAGAAUCGGGUGAAGACGAAGCUAGCAGCGCGAUAUUCCCUAAGCGCUCGACAAAUUGCCUGGAUCGGAAAAUCGCUACCGAUCUCGCGGAUUCGUGUCAGCUGUUGAAACGGUGCGAUAAUUAAUCAUGUGAUGCGGAAGAUGACUCAAGUAUCCCCAAGCGCGGGCUAAUCCGCAGGAUGAUGCUGAUGGACGAACCGGAAGAUGGAUAAUCUGAACGAGUGCCAAGCCAAAGGAUGCUCGCCAAGUGGUCGCCUAACAAACACUAACCUAGUGUUACCCAGGCAAGCCCCGGUGCAUGCAACCCCUUCCUUGUGUUUUUAAAUUAUUUUUACACACUUUAAGUCUAGUGAAUGUGCAUUAGGUUUAUAGGAGUUGCUUGGAAACCCUUGGAUGCAUUGCCUUCCUUGAUAUUCAUACCUUUAUAGAUACUUCUGGUGAAGUAUCAAAAUAUGAUUUACAAAAAUGCUUAGCCCUGCUUAGAUCUUGUGGAUAGAGGUUGUCUUUUGCAAUACUGCCUAGCUCAGGGGUUAUCCUGAGGAAGGAUGGCUUCUACCUGCAAGAAUAUAUUUUCAUUGGGAGCAUGGUGGGAUCUUACUGCAAAGUUCCCUGUGAUGCUCUUUUCAUCCUAAGGAACACAAACAAUCCUAAGGAUGGAAGUACUUAAAUCGGGACUUGGGCUAGGAACAGGUGAUGUUCUACCCAGGUUGAUUAAGGAUUGGAUGCGUAUGUAGGCUUGAUGAUUGAGGACCCUUUAACUGGUCACAUGCCUCGUCAUGGGUAAGCCUUACCUCGGGCAGACUAAGGCCAGAAUAAGAUAACACGGAAUGGGCAUGGAGCGGUGGCGAGAGUAGCGUGUACCCUCCGUGGCAAGAGGCUGGACGGUGGUGUAUCUGUGCUCUCGGUUCGCGUGAACCUGAUCUGGUCUUAAGAACCCCGGUGGCGGGUUGACAUAUGCAAGGGUUAAGUGCUACAUAUGUCGUGUGAUUGGAGAUCCUCAGCUGAGUAUAAUCGAUUCGGAUCGCCGUACCUUCGCGGUAAUGAAUACUUGGUCACUGCCCUACAACCUAAGUCAGGAUGUGAACCUCAUGAAUAAAAAUGAUGUUGUAUUGAUGAGAUGGUGAAAUUAGACCAGAUGCAAACAGAGUCUAUUAAUAUUUAAUCUGGCGUUAAAAUAUUGAAAGUAAUGACUCACUUUAAUAAGCUAUUUCUGCAAAAGUAUCUAAGUUGAUUCUUGCUAAAGCCUCUCCUUGAUUCCCAAAUCCAGCAUAUCCUUGAGAGUCUUUUCUUUAGUCGGGUAAGUCUUGCUGAGUAAUUCCAUACUCAGGGUUUUAUUCCCUGUUGUUUUUCAGGUUAUAGUUUUGUGCUGCUGAUGAUGGUGUUAAGUGCCGGUGGGCUCGGCCUUCUUAUAAGUCUAAGUAACCCUUCUAUACGUCUUACUGAGGAUGGUCACUUGAGCUAGCAUAUAUUUCAAACUUAUACUUUUGUAAUCACUCCGAUAAAAUAAUCUAAAAUUUUUGUAACCUGUAAAAUUUGGUAAUAAGAUUUCCGCUGCAAAAAUGUUGUGUGUGUGAUUUAUGUUACUUAAUCCUGCGGUUCUGGUUGUUCAUGGUUUAUCUGAUGUCCUUGGGGCAAUCGGACGGAUCCUGUUAAGUUAUCUGGUGCACAUGCAUAGCA